AUGCAGCAGAUACUCGACGUACGUACUCACUCGCUCACUCGCACUGACACUCGCCCGCCUCAACGCCGCCACCGCCAUGCAGCAGAUACUCGACGUACGUACUCACUCACUCGCACUGACACUCGCCCGCCUCAACGCCGCCACCGCCAUGCAGCAGAUACUCGACGUACGUACUCACUCACUCGCACUGACACUCGCCCGCCUCAACGCCGCCACCGCCAUGCAGCAGAUACUCGACGUACGUACUCACUCACUCGCACUGACACUCGCCCGCCUCAACGCCGCCACCGCCAUGCAGCAGAUACUCGACGUACGUACUCACUCGCCCGCCUCAACGCCGCCACCGCCAUGCAGCAGAUACUCGACGUACGUACUCACUCACUCGCACUGACACUCGCCCGCCUCAACGCCGCCACCGCCAUGCAGCAGAUACCCGACGUACGUACUCACUCACUCGCACUGACACUCGCCCGCCUCAACGCCGCCACCGCCAUGCAGCAGAUACUCGACGUACGUACUCACUCACUCGCACUGACACUCGCCCGCCUCAACGCCGCCACCGCCAUGCAGCAGAUACUCGACGUACGUACUCACUCGCUCACUCGCACUGACACUCGCCCGCCUCAACGCCGCCACCGCCAUGCAGCAGAUACUCGACGUACGUACUCACUCGCUCACUCGCACUGA